GGGGGCAUCCCCGGGGUGACGUCACGGCGCCGAUGUUGCAAGGUUCUAGAACGCGGUGUUGCGAAUUUUUUUGUUUCUAAACAUUCGGCGGCGGCUGGAAGUGGAGCCGGGGCUGGAGGGAGGGCGGAGGGGGAGAAGCAGGAGGGAAACCCAUGCCCUGGCCCGGCUAUCCUCCUGCUUGCUAGCCAUGAGCCACCCGCCAUCGGCCGGAGCGGGCGGCGGCGGCGGCGGGGUGAGCAAAACCGGCAAGCACACUGCUCCUUCCCCGGGCCCGAACGGCCUGUCGGCGGCGGCGACAGCAGCAGCGAUUGCAUCCGCCACCACCGCCGCUUCCUCCUCCUCCUCUUCCCCCGCUGCUGCUGCUGCCGCCGCCGCCGGGGCAGUGGGUGGCUGCGGGACGGCGGCGGCGAUUAUCGGUGUCGGUUCUCCCCCUCCUCCGCCCUUGCACCAUCACCAGGCGGCGGCGGUGGCUGCCGCUGCUGCUGCUGCCGCCGCCGCCGCCCAAGAACUGACCUCGCUCUUCGAAUGCCCGGUCUGCUUCGACUACGUCCUGCCGCCGAUCCUGCAAUGCCAGGCCGGCCACUUGGUGUGCAACACCUGCCGGCAGAAGUUGACCUGUUGCCCGACUUGCCGGGGCUCCCUCACCCCCAGCAUUCGCAACCUGGCCAUGGAGAAAGUGGCUUCGGCUGUUCUCUUCCCCUGCAAGUAUGCAUCGACUGGAUGUCUGCUGACCCUCCAUCACACUGAGAAGCCAGACCACGAGGAUGCCUGCGAGUAUCGACCUUACUCCUGCCCAUGCCCCGGGGCUUCGUGCAAGUGGCAGGGCUCCCUGGAGCAGGUCAUGUCUCACCUGGUGCACGUCCAUAAGAGCAUCACAACCCUGCAAGGGGAGGACAUUGUCUUCCUGGCCACGGACAUCAACCUGCCCGGGGCGGUGGACUGGGUCAUGAUGCAGUCUUGUUUCGGGCGGCACUUCAUGCUGGUGCUGGAGAAGCAGGAGAAGUACGAGGGCCACCAGCAGUUCUUCGCCAUCGUGCUGCUGAUCGGCGCCCGCAAGCAGGCCGAGAACUUUGCCUACCGGCUGGAGCUGAACGGGAACCGCCGGCGCCUGACCUGGGAGGCAACCCCUCGCUCUAUUCACGACGGUGUCGCCACAGCCAUCAUGAACAGCGACUGUCUGGUCUUUGACGCGGCCAUCGCUCACCUCUUUGCUGACAAUGGCAACUUGGGAAUCAACGUCACCAUUUCGACUUGCUGUUCGUGAUAUUUAUGUGGUGGAGGUGUUUGGGGUUGCUGGUAUUGUGAUGAUCUCUUGCUUAUUUUAUUUUUGGUUGUCUUCUCUAGAUUAGACACAAAAUCAUUGUGAAGCUUUACUGACUGUGCCAAUUUAUUUAAAUUAUGUUGCCAUAAUAGCUUUUUUUAAAUAAAUAUAUAUAUAUAUUUCA